ACUCCGGCCGGGGCGCACCCGACGGGGCGGAGCCCAAUCGACGGCGGCGGAGCCACCGACGCCCCGCGGAGCCGACCGUGGCGGCGGGCGGGAGAGCCAGGUCGGGACCCCCGCGCGCUCCAAGGGGUCUCCGAGAGUGAGCGGACCGGAAGACUUGCUGUCCCCUUGUGGCAGCUUCGACAGGUCACUGGCCGCAAUUUUUAAGAGCACAAAUGAAUGAAUAAAGGUGGUGGUCUUACCCUCCCUUCGUUACCGCUGGCUUCUGUAGCUGCAGUUUCGUUGCUAUACUGGGCACUGGGUGAAAUCUUCAGCUGUUUUCAAAAUUUCAAAUUAUGCAAUGAACAAAGAAGAUAGAUUAUUUCAUUACAAAGACACCUCGAUCUAAGAUCAAGGACUGUGAUCACAAAAAUUUCCUGAAUCAAAGAGAGAAAUGGAAUUUGAUUUCAUUUGAAUAGAGUUGGCUAUAAACUUCGCAACCAGAGAGAGACACAGCGAGAGAGGGAACACAAGCAGGGGGAGCGGGAGAGGGAGAAGCAGGCUCCCCGCAGAGCAGGGAGCCCGACGCGGUACUCGAUCCCAGGACCCUGGGAUCAUGACCUGAGCUGAAGGCAGUCGCUCAACCAACUGAGCCACCCAGGCGCCCCAGUUUCUUUUAUUUCAAAUUGCAUUUAAAUGCUGUUUGGGACCAAGGACUUCAUCCGGGAAGAGACUUCAGAGGACCAAGUAGCAGAGGGAAGCCAGCCUUAAUGUGAUAGAAACACCCUUGAACUUGUCGUCCAAAAGACAAAGGCUUGAGUUUCAGCUCUUAGUUUUACGGUGACCUUGGAGCCAGAAUUCACAAUGACAACAGUAACAGGGACCACAAAGUUCCCCCCAAUGGGUAAAAGAGAAGAUAAUUCUGCCUUGUAUGAGUUCACACCAGCUCAUGUUAUUGAAGAAACCGAAUAUGUGAGAAAGAUCCGAACUACUCUGGAAAAGAUCCGAAAUCAAAUUUUUAAAGAUGAAGUAGGACAUAACAGUACACAUCACAAACUAGAAACAAAGCACUGUCGAAACAUUCAAAAUGGCUCUGAUUCUGAAAUGGACCCCUCUUGUUGCAGUUUGGAUCUGCUCAUGGAAAGGAUGAAAGGAAAAGAACAGCAGAUCUUAGAAAUGAACAAAGAAAAUGAAGUAUUGAAAAUCAAGCUGGAAGCCUGCAGACAAGCAGGAGCAGGGGCUCUGAGAAACGUGGCCCAGAGAUUAUCUGAAAGCUACCAAACACAGUCUGAAGAAGUUAGAAAGAAGCAUGAGGAUGGUAAACACUUACUCGAGGUUAACAGACUCGAAAAGGAACAGCAACUGAAGCAACAUGUUGAAAAUCUGAAUCAGGUUGCUGAAAAGCUUGAAGAAAAACAUAAUCAAAUCACAGAGCUGGAGAACCUUGUACAGAGGAUGGAAAGGGAAAAGAAAACACUGCUAGAAAAAAAACUGUCUUUGGAAAACAAGCUGCUGCAACUCAAAUCCAAUGCUACAUAUGCUAAAAGUUGCCACAAUCUUCAAAUGGAGAUUUCCCUUCUCCAGGAGAAGAUCUCUCAUCUGCAGUUUGUGAUUCAUUCCCAACAUCAGAACCUGCGCAGUGUCAUCCAGGAGAUGGAAGGAUUAAAAAAUAACUUAAAAGAACAAGAUAAAAGAAUUGAAAAUCUGAAAGAAAAAGUUCACAUACUUGAAGCCCAGAAUAAAGAACUAAAAACCAAGGUGGCGCUUCGGUCUGAAACACCUAGGACAACAGUAUCUAAGGCUGUCUCUACAAGUGAAUUGAAGACUGUCAACACCACGCCCUAUUUGAUGUUGAUUAGGCUCCGGAAAUGAGCUGACUGGCUGAAUAUCUGAAUGAGAAAGAUUGCUACGUGGGUCUUAUUUAUUCCUCAAAACACAGCCUAAACUUGCAUGCUGAAAUGGCUCAAUGCCAGCAUUCAAUGGAAUGUACUAUACAUCAACAGUUUUGCAGGAAGAUGACAUUCCAGAAAAUCAAACAAAAUAUAUAUUCAGGGGAAGGAACUCUUUCUUCAAAACUUACGAAAUGGGUGAAGAGACCAGGGGCUUUCGAUGGAAAAUGAAUUUUGCUUUAAACUUAAAAAAAAAGAUCUGAAUCUUUCUUGCAGAUUUUUGCUGAAGGGAGUGGUUUAAGGUUGUUGACAGUGACUUUUUGAUAGUGGUUUUUGUGUAUAUAAAUGGAAGAGUAUAUGUGUGUAUGUGUAAAUGAUAUAUUUUAAAGUUCACUUUGGAUAAUAAAAAAAAUAUCUUAACAUGAAUUUAUAAAUUCACCUCCUGACCCAGUGUUCAUGGGAGAGUUACUGUAUUAUGGGCAGGAGAAGGAGUAGGUUCUGUUUAGCUAAUUCCCCAACCCACAUAACCCUCCAAAGUUGAGAAUCGUGGCGUCUCACCACACCUGAGGAAGCCACUAUUCUUCAGUUGGGAUUGAAAAUUGGUUGCUAGAGACAACCCACAAAUAAGCACAAAGAAAUGGAGCUUGUGGCUCUCUCUGGCUUCGUGACUAAUUUUCUUUUCAAGAUUCAUUAUUAUCUGCGACGAUCUUUGGAGGGAAGAAUAGAAACACAAUGCUGUCAGCUCAUACCUCCAUAAACAUGCUGUCUGCAGCCAGGAAGACUCUGAAUUCAUGAAUUGGAAUUAAAUGUCCAGUGCUUUGGUGAGAGCGUAUUUACAUUUUGAUAUGGGCAUUCAUCACAGGUGGAGUCUGGGAUUGCUGUGAGGAAAACCAGACUCUGAUUUGCAGAAAUGCAAACAUGUUGACCCUCCAGAAGAGAACACACUUCAACUAAAGGAAUAAUGGGCAGCCUUAGUCCCACUGAAGGCUGAAUUGCUUGUAAGCCUUUUGAUGGUCCUCUCGGGUGUAGGACUGUAAACAUUUUCUCAGGAAAGAUGCUGGAAGUCUUUCAAUGUGGAAUGUGAAAUAGCAGUGUUAUCUAUGAAAUAUUUAAAAAUACAUACAAAUGAGAUAAAGUAAUGUAUUUAUAAAUUUAUCAAAGUACUGUAAUCCUUGGGGCACCUGGGUGGCUCAGUCAGUUAAGCAUCUGCUUUUGGCUCGGGUCAUGAUCUCAGGGUCCUGGGAUCUUCCUCUGUCCUCUGCCUCCUCCCCACCGCUCAUACUCUGUCUCUCCCUCUCUCUCAAAUAAAUAUUUUUUAAAGUACUGUAAUCCUUGAAAUGUAUGUGUGCAUUUCAUGCUUCACGUUUUUAUUGCUUGCUAGUUUUUCAGCUGUAGUUAUCGAAUAACAUUUAUGGCACAGUUCCUAUACCAGGAACAAUUCUAAGUACUUUACCUGUAUUAAUUACUUUAAUCUUCCCAAUAGGCCUCAAAAGCAGGUCAUAUUAUUACUCCAUCUUCUAGGGGUGGGUACUGUGAGGUCCAGGACUUUUCCCUGCUGCUAAUGAUGGAGCAAGGAUUGGGACCUCUGACUUGGCUAUCAAUAGUCCUUCUAUCUGCUCACUUGGUGGUCUGAGAUAUUUCCACAAUUUGGAAAUACCUCUUUUUGCUCCUUUAAAAACACAGCUUCCGGGCGCCUGGGUGGCUCAGUUGGUUAAGCGACUGCCUUCGGCUCAGGUCAUGAUCCUGGAGUCCCUGGAUCGAGUCCCAUAUCGGGCUCCCUGCUCGGCAGGGAGUCUGCUUCUCCCUCUGACCCUCCCCCCUCUCAUGUACUUGCUCUCUCUCAUUCUCUCUCUCUCAAAUAAAUAAAUAAAAUCUUUAAAAAAAAAAAUUUAAAAAAAAAUAAAAAAAAAUAAAAAAAUAAAAAAAUAAAAACACAGCUUCCUUGUUGACUAUGUGCAUUAUCCCACAAAUGACACUCAGAAAUAACCCUGACUCAUAAAGUAAAUAUUUUGCUACAAUUAAGUUGGCCUUUCACCUGUUGGAUUACCCUCAUGCAAACUUAAUUCAGAAAAACUUCCCUGCUAAAAAUCUUCUAAUUCUACAUUUAUUACCAUGACCUUAUGCCACAUGGAAGAUUUUUUGGUAGUAUAUUUUCAGGCACAUUUGUAGGAGAUUGGGAUCAUGAACUCUGUCAAGUAUUUGCAGUGUGGUAGGCGAAUUUGCCUUUCACCUGGAGACUACUUAGGUUUCGUUUUACACCCCAAUCACCAUGCAGGAUGGUAAUAAAUGUGAGAGUUUGGAAUGGAUCCAUCUAACUGAGCUAACAACUAGAAUGAUUCCCAUUAGAAUAAUGUACUCUAGAGUCAAAAAUGGGAAGACACUGUUGGAUUUAAUUUAGGUUUAACUCUGCUCAUUUUUGAACAUGGAAGUCUACUGGACGUGAUACAGCUAGGACCUGGUCAUGUGCUCUCCACGUUCACCCUGGAAUGGCCUUUGGAUUUCCUGAGAAUAAGAACAAACAGUUUCAGAAGCUUAAAAAGGUUUGGACUCUUCAAAUACGAAAGUAUGUUUUUAGUAGCAUCAGCAAUAUCAUUUAUUUGUCAUAUGUGGAUUAUGUCCUCUAUCUUUAUUUCAGCUUUUAUGAUUUGGAAUGUUUUUUGAAUAAAUAUUUCUGAGCGAUGAAACAAAUGAUCAUAGUGAAGAAUAAAAAGCAUUAACCUAAAAGUAGUACAACAAGAGAAAUACAGGAAAAGAAAAACCAGUUUAGUUGUAGUCUAAAUAAUUGUCCUUAUAAUUAGACUAAUCAAUAUAUCAGAUAAGAAGGUCUGAGGUGGAUCUUGAAGUGAAUACAGGAAGGUGGAAAAUAAAAAGAAACUUUGUUUCACUUUGAUUACAUAUUGUUACAAAUUAUCAUUAAGAAACGUUUAAGCAACAACAAAAUGUCUAAACAAUUGGUAUAAUACAUACAUCUUUUGAAUAAUUGCUUAUGGUAUGCCUUACAAUAAAA